UUGAUAGAAGAAGCCUCCUGAAGCCAAUUUUACGUUAAAACCGACUUUUCAAUUAAAUGCAUCCUUUAGGAAUCUCUCCCUCAGUUAUGGUGCCAACUACUAAAAAACUUUCCCCUUUUCCAGGCUAUUUACGCGCACUGACAGAACAACAGCAGUGAUUUACUUUGUGAUUUAGCAGGAGGAGGAGCUGCAGCAGAACCAACUCUGUGCAGCAACUGAUCCUGCCCUGCGCCCGGGGGAGGGGAGGCUUUGUCCGGAUACGUGGUGGAACUUGAGGCGGUCCUAAAGAGACCCACGCACCCCGAGAGACAGCCCUGGAUCAUCCCAGCCAGCCCCUCCACCUCCACCAUCGCCUAGAGUUUCCACAAAAAAAUGGCAGCCUCCACUUCUUCCCAACUCUUCUCUGCGCUACUGAUCGCCUUUUUCCUCUCUGUGGUGAACUCUCAGUACGAAAAGUACAGCUUCAGGAGCUUCCCCAGGAACGAGCUGAUGCCUCUGGAGUCCGCUUACAAAUACGCGCUGGACCAGUACACCGGGGAGAAGUGGAAGGAGACGGUGGAGUACAUGGAGGUGUCUCUGCGGCUCUACCGGCUGCUCAGGGACAGCGAGGCCUUCUGCAACCUCAACUGCAGCUCCGUGAGGCUGGACGACGAGCAGAAGUUUGCGGAGUUUCCAGAGUUGCGCUCGUUCGGGAACGUUAUGAAGAGAGCGCAGUGCUUGAAGCGCUGCAAACAGGGGCUGCCUGCCUUCAGACAGACCAUGCCCAGCAGGGACAUCAUAGAUGAGUUUGAUCGGAGGGAGCCCUACAGAUACCUGCAGUAUGCCUACUUCAAGUCUGACAACCUGGCCAAGGCGGUGUCGGCGGCUCACACCUUCCUGCUGAAGCACCCGGAUGAUGAGAUGAUGCAGAGGAACAUGGCCUAUUACAAGAGUCUACCUGGAGCUGAAGAGCAUUUCAAAGACCUGGAGACCAAAUCCUACGAGACCUUGUUUGUGCGGGCAGUGAGAGCGUAUAAUGGAGAGAACUUCCGUACGUCGGUGUCAGACAUGGAGCUAGCGCUGAGGGACUUCUUCAAGGUCUACGACGAGUGUCUGGCUGCUUCUGAAGGCCCAAGAGACGUCAAAGACUUUAAAGACUUCUACCCCUCCAUAGCUGAUCACUACAUUGAAGUCCUGGAGAGGAAGGUGAGCUGUGAAAGUGACUUGACACCUGUCGUCGGGGGUUUUGUUGUUGAGAAGUUUGUGGCCACCAUGUACCACUACCUGCAGUUCGCCUAUUACAAAAUGAACGACCUGAAGAACGCAGUUCCAUGUGCAGUGAGCUACAUGCUGUUUGACCCCAGUGAUGAAGUCAUGAAGAACAACGUGGCUUAUUACAAGUUCCAUAAAAACCAGUGGGGUCUGGUAGAGGAGGACUUCCUUCCCAGAUCAGAGGCUGUGCGGUACUACAAUCAGACCACUAUGCAGCUACAGAUGCUGGAGUUCUCCAAACAGCGCCUGGUGAGCGAUGAUGAGGGGGAGGUGGUGGAGUUUUUAGAUGAGUUCCUGGACGAGGAUGAAUAGCCGACGUUGGAAACUCUGCCGAAACACUGAAAAAACAAACACAAAGUUCAAAGCACUCAUGAAGUUUAAGAGUCCCUGAUUGAUCACUGAGUUUUUAACCUGCAGCUCCAUAUCUUGAAGAUUUUUUUUAUGUCCCUCUGUCUGUGCACUAAAUAUCCAGUUCAGUUGUAUGGACUUCUAGCACAGCGGCUAAAUGGUUUGAAGACAGUGAUAAGGUAGAGAUAUUUGUACUCACCAUUUUAUGAAAUAAUUCCUCCACUGUGAAUCAUCAAUGUUGUCUUUUGGAGAUUUUUGACAAUAAAAGGAUUUUGGAAAAACCUUA